CAUUCAUUCAUUCAUACCUAAAGCUUUGAAUUUUACUUUGAUGUUGUAGCUAGACGACACCAUUUCUCUCAGAAGAGGAGGGAGUAGUGGAAGACGGCUUUCUCUCAGAGAUUCCUUUUUGACUCUUCAUCAUCUUCAUCAUCAUCUCCUCUGCCGUCUGUCUCUUUUUCAUCCACUUCUUCACACAUAAAUCUCCUCUCUAGUUCUUCGAAUUCCCACUUACUUUUUUAUCCCACUUUUAGUCUGGGUUUACGCUUUUACUCACUUUCUUAGAUCUCCCAAACCUUUCUCGGAUAACAAAGAUCCUUCUGUCUGUCUUCCUUGUGUUUCCCAAAUUUAGUAAUCUCGCGAAAAACUCGCUCAACCUUCAUUUCUCCGUCAGAUUUCUUAGGGUUUUACGUUUCAUGGGGAAUUGUUGUACGACACUGCCAUCUGUUCAUUCGGACAAUGAUGAUAACAGCAACAACAAGAAGAAGAAGGGUAAGCAAAAGCAGAAUCCUUUUGCUGGUGAUAAUGGAGGAAGACAUUCAUCUGUCAAUGGAGGAAACAAAUCAAGUGUUUUAGAUAACCCAACUGGUCGUGAUCUUGAACAGAAAUACGAGCUGGGUAACGAGUUAGGACGAGGUGAAUUUGGGGUAACUUAUUUAUGCAUUGAUAAAUCUAGUGGUGAAAACCUUGCUUGUAAAUCUAUAUCGAAAAACAAGCUGAGGACUCAAGUGGAUAUUGAGGAUGUCAAGAGGGAAGUUGAGAUAAUGAAGCAUUUGCCUUCUCAUUCCAAUAUUGUUAGCUUGAAGGCUACUUAUGAAGAUGAUAAUGCUGUUCAUUUGGUUAUGGAGCUUUGUGAAGGUGGUGAAUUGUUUGAUCGGAUUGUUGCUAGAGGACAUUAUACUGAGAGAGCUGCUGCUGCUGUAACUCGCACCAUUGUUGAAGUCAUUCAGAAUUGCCAUAAACAAGGCGUAAUGCAUCGGGAUCUCAAGCCCGAGAAUUUCUUGUUUGCCAAUAAGAAAGAGACUGCCCCACUGAAAGCAAUUGAUUUUGGGCUGUCAAUAUUCUUUAAGCCAGGUGAAAGAUUUGAUGAGAUUGUAGGUAGUCCUUACUACAUGGCUCCUGAAGUAUUGAAACGAAACUACGGUCCUGAAAUAGAUGUUUGGAGUGCUGGUGUUAUCCUCUACAUUCUACUUUGUGGCGUUCCUCCUUUUUGGGCGGAGACUGAACAAGGAGUAGCACAAGCAAUCAUUCGUUCCGUUGUAGAUUUUAAGCGGGAACCCUGGCCAAAAGUCUCUGAUAAUGCAAAAGAGCUUAUCAAGAAAAUGCUUGAACCUGAUCCUAAGCGUCGCCUUACUGCUCAAGAAGUACUAGAUCACACAUGGUUACAGAAUGCCAAGAAAGCACCUAAUGUUUCUUUGGGUGAAACUGUGAGAUCAAGGCUUAUGCAAUUUUCUGUGAUGAACAAGCUCAAGAAGAGGGCUCUGAGGGUAAUUGCUGAGCAUCUCUCAGUGGAGGAAGCAGCUGGUUUUAAGGAAGGGUAUGAAAAGAUGGACACAAGUGGUAGAGGGAAGAUCAAUAUCGAUGAGCUAAGAAUUGGCUUACAGAAACUUGGCCAUCAGAUGCCGGAUUCUGAUCUUCAGAUUCUUAUGGAAGUUGGUGAUGUUGACAAGGACGGAUAUUUGGACUAUGGAGAGUUUGUAGCUGUUUCUGUUCAUUUGAGGAAGAUGGGAAAUGAUGAACAUCUCCGCAAAGCCUUUGAAUUUUUUGAUCAAAACCAAAAUGGGUAUAUAGAGAUUGAUGAAUUAAGAGAAGCCUUGUCUGAUGAUAUUGAGUCGAAUAUUGAAGACAUCAUAAAUGCCAUCAUCCAUGAUGUGGACACCGAUAAGGAUGGACGUAUCAGCUAUGAUGAGUUUGCGACAAUGAUGAAGGCUGGGACAGAUUGGAGAAAAGCAUCGAGACAAUAUUCUCGGGAGCGAUAUAACAGUCUCAGCUUGAAGUUAUUCAAAGAUGAAUCGUUGAAUUUGAAAAAUGAGGAUAGGUAGCACACUCGCUUGACAACAUUUAACGUGAAUUACCAAUUCCAUUUGUUGAAUUUCUCGUUUAUUAUUGUGUACCUUUCCAAAAUUUAUUUGAUUCUCUUUCGAUUAAUUUCCAUCCCCUUUUGCUUGACCGGUUCUUGCAAUAGUUCAAUCGAGAGUACACGUAGAAGUGUGAAGGGAAGUUGGGCUAGAAUUGUUUGCAAAUGUAAAUCAUUGUUGGCCUUGUAUACUCUCUUAGUCCUAUUUUAUAUUUAUUGUAAUUUAGUCUCUUAUAACCUUAAAUGCUGGUACAAUUUGUUCAACCUAGUGUUUUUUUUACAU